AUGGCUGCUCCCAAAGAGACUACUAUCGAAUGCCUCAAUGGCCAUUGGGUCCUGAACAAAGACUUAACCAGCGAGACAGACCCAAUUCUAAAACUGCAAAAGAUACCCUGGUUGAUCCGCAAAGCAUUCGGAUUCGCAACCAUAUACCUCCAAAUCUCGCAAUACCAAACAGAAACAUCUGAGACAGGCCAAUCAUCAACAAAUAUCGACUUCUUACAGACAGCCACUGCAGGCCUGGCCGCAACUAAAGAAGAGCGUGUCUUGGAUUGGAAGAUCUCAGAUCAUGAAGAUUACUUCUUCGGCGAGGUCCUAGCCCAGAGUGAAUUCGUUCAUGGUGUCGUUGAUGCAGAUGGAGUUGUAAGGCCUGGAUUUGAACUUCAGACGCCCAAUGCCAAUGCAGAGAUUAAGAAAUAUCUACGCGGGGAGAUCGAGGCGAAUGGGAGGAAAUCUGCGGGUUUUAUAUUUGAGGAUUGGAGUGGGAUGGCUGAUGAGGGACCAGGACUUUGGGUGCAUACAUUUGAGAGGAAUGCUAAGUCUGGAUGGGCGGCUGAGCAGAUUUGGGGGUUUGAGAUGUUUGGGGACUCGCGAUACUUCUCUCGUCGAGUGGUGGUUAUGACGAAAAAGGGGGAUUACAUAUGUGGCAGACUUGUUUUUGAUUUUGCGAGGGCUUAA